AUGAAACGUCAAAAUGUUAGAACUCUAUCUCUUAUUGUCUGUACCCUUACCUAUCUCCUAGUUGGAGCAGCCGUUUUCGAUGCCUUAGAAUCUGACAAUGAACUCCAGCAGAGAGCCUUAGUACAUAAAGUGAAGACGACGUUAAUGAGCAAGUAUAAUAUGACUGAAGGAGAUUAUGAUGUGUUAGAGGCUGUUAUCAUCAAGAGCGUUCCACACAAAGCGGGAUUUCAAUGGAAAUUCAGUGGAGCUUUCUAUUUUGCGACAACCGUCAUCACAACAAUUGGAUAUGGUCAUAGUACACCUAUGACAACGGGUGGAAAAGUCUUUUGUAUGUUCUAUGCUCUAGCUGGAAUACCGCUGGGCUUGGUGAUGUUCCAGAGUAUAGGUGAACGUAUGAACACAUUUGCUGGAAAAUUACUUCGUUUUGCUAAAAAGGCUCUUGGACGUGACCCAUCUGUAACAUCAUCAGACUUGAUCAAGGUGGCUUCUGCUUGGGGAUUGCUCAUAAUCGUUGCUGGAGCUGUAGCCUUUGCCCAAUAUGAGAACUGGACAUAUUUGAAUAGCUUAUACUAUUGUUUUACGACAUUGACUACUAUCGGUUUUGGGGACUUUGUUGCUCUUCAAAAAGGGGGAGCUCUUCAGAAUCGUCCAGAAUACGUUGUUUUCUCCCUUGUUUUCAUUCUAUUUGGUUUGACGGUUAUUUCUGCUGCCAUGAAUUUGCUCGUUCUUCGUUUCCUAACAAUGAAUACUGAAGAUGAAAAGCGAGAUGAACAGCAAGCUCUCCUAGCUGCCCGUGGAUUGGUUCAAGUGAAUGAUCGACGAAACUGUGGUAGUUUCGAAGAUUACGACUCACUGGGACAUGAGAAUCAUAUUCAUCCAGACAACAUUUCGAUAUGCUCAUGUUCUUGCUAUCAGCUACCGUAUGGAGGCGGAGGAAUGAGACAACGACAUUCAUUCAGAAGGCCAUCAUCUAUCUGUCGAAUAGCUGAACAUCAAACGCCAUCAUCACCAAUUGCUCAAACACAUCUCUAA